ACCUAACACAAACACAAAUUCACGCAACACCCACACACCUGAUAUUGCCGAGACUGCGCAAAUAUCAUCUAAGUAUUGACAAAACUAGUCAUUUUACCCGCUUUCUUAUGGAGAAAGUGUGGUUUCUGUUGGGUGCGUUUUAGUCAAACUUGUUUUUCGACUCCGUCGUGGGGCGGUUCCUGAAAGAAUCCUAUUACCGGAAGUUAGGCGCUUGUAGUCACCUGCGUCGAUUCCUCAGGUAACAACAGGUUGUUAGAUUACAGCUGGAAACGUCGAAAAAGAUAAAUAAAAGUCGGGGGAACAGAGACAGUUCGUUCUUUAUUCGACACAGAGAAGGUUCCUGCGCACUUUGUGCUUGUUUUUCUUGAGACCUGUUACAGGGGAACGCCGUCGUAUAAUAAACAAGAAAACCGACAUGGCUGCCAGAGGACUCCUGUGGAUGCUGUUGUUCUCCUGCGUAGGAACAGGUCUGAGUCAGUUUACAGUCUCGUCUUCACAGCCAAAUGUCGAAGUGCGGGAGAACCAAGGUGCGGACUUGACAUGCAAAUAUACAGGAGACUUUGGUUCCAACAUUUUACUUAGGUGGAAAUUCAAGAACACAAAAGGCUCCCAGGUGUUUGUGGUUCACGAUGGGAACAUAACGGGGACAUAUGCCAACCGUUUGACUUUGUAUGGUGGUACCAAUCUGAGAUUCUCCUCAGUCACUCGUAAAGAUAAUGGAGUGUACGUCUGUGAGAUUACUAGCGCUGACAAAACCAAAGUUGGGGAAACUAACGUGGUGCUGACUGUUCUGGUGCCUCCAUCUGUGCCAAUGUGUAAAAUCCCACCAUCAGUAACAACAGGCACGAAAGCCAUCCUGUCUUGCUUUGAUGAAAACGGUUCGCCCCCUCCCACAUACAGGUGGUACAAAAAUGCCGUCCUGCUGCCUGAAGACCCGAGCACUGUUGCUGGCUUCAAAAAUGCCACCUACAAACUAAAUUCAAAAGGUGGCAUACUGGAGUUUCCUGUUGUAAGCAAGAUGGACACAGGGGACUACUACUGUGAGUCUACCAAUAACGCCGGUCCUCCUCAGAGCUGUAGACCUAUGAAAAUGGAAGUUCGUGACCUAAACACUGGAGGAAUUGUUGCUGGUGUAAUAGUGGCUCUGCUGCUUGUGGCCCUGCUGAUAUUUGCCGUUUGGUUUGCCAAAAAGAAAGGAUAUCUGCCUGCCAAGAGUAAAGACCCAAAGACCAACACGGUCUACCAGCCGACAACUACUUACGGUGGCGGCGAUGAGGAUGAUGGGGAUUUCACACAGAAGUCGUCAUUUGUGGUGUAAUGUGCGAGCAGCAGUGAGGACAGAAGGCACUCUGAGUGAAAUGUCUGUGUUUUUUUUUUUUUUUUUUUUUUUUUUUUUUUUUCAGAAGUUUUAAAGUUUCUACAGUGCAGUUUUUAUAGACUAGUGUAUGUUUCAAUCUGAGCCAUCUACAGCAGUGUGUCAGAUACAGCAGAGUGUGAGAUUUGUGCAGCAACAACACUACAGGAAAUGGAGAGCUAAUGAACCUCCUUCUGUAUCUAUCUCUCUUUUUUUGAACUGAGCUGUGGCUACUACUGGCCUAUUUUAGGCAGAGACCUUUUUCUGCUUAUCAUUGAUCUGUGUAUUUUUAUCUGCUUUUUAUCUUCCGUCUUUAGUUAGAACAAGAUUUUUAAGAUACCCAACUACUUGUAAAAAUGUACAUGUAUACAAUGUGCACAACACUAUUUUCUUUUUUCUUUGUAAAUAAUACUAAUUGUUUUUAAUUUGGAUAGCUUCCUGAGAUUAAUUAUACACUAAUACUCCUGUCACUGCAGGGAACGGAUUCUUUGACUCUUUUGAUUCCCAAUUCUUGGAACCUUGCUGGCGUUUUAACCUGUUUUAGGUAAAACCAGUGUAAGGACGUGGCGUCGGAGGCUGCAGUGCACAGCCGAGGAAAUGGUACAGCAGGCUUGAUAACUUUCAUUCCAAAGAGAACCGUCCUUUAGCCUUGCUGGUCUGACAUGAAGAAAAGUGCAAUUAUUUGCCAUUAGAUGCUGAGACCAUCUCAGUGGAAGGAUAAUUUUUUUUUUUUUUUUUAAAGCUUUGAAGCCAAUAAUAUGAAUCCUGCUCCUCUGAAUCUGCAGGUAUUUAAUUAAUUUGGUCAAGGAAAAUGAGUCUUUAAAAUAUCACCUUUAAGGCUUCCUCUUGUUUGGCAUGCAACCUGUUUGGGCAGGGUGAGACAGACUUGAAGCUGAGAGGGUGCAACACUGCAGUAGUAUUGGCAUUGAGCUGACACACCCACCAAUUUCAUCAUGAUUCACACUGGAAAAAGCUUAUUAUCCUUUUUAUUCCAACAAGAGACCAACUGUGAGGUUCCCAGCCAGUUUGUUUUUUGGUUAAAAAUGCUCAGAAGGCUUCAAGAUUAGGUGCACACCCAGUACUGAACCAGUUUCCUGUUAGUGGAAAAGGAGUACAAGUUUACUUUGUGAAUAGUAUUCAUGGAGAUUGUUUGUAUGAAAUUAAGGUCUUUUAGAUGUACUUUCCUCAGACUUGUUUCAUAAAGCACAUCUAAUGAACUGGAAAUGAGUGUGCAUAAAGUUUUUAAAAAUUACUGCUGAUUAGUUGUCCUGUUGAGCUUUAUCUUAUUACUUUUAUCUGUAAUAUUAGCAGGUGCUUAGCAAUUUGAUGGGAUCAGAGAGUACAUAUUAAUGGUUUUCAAUAUUUAAGUGGAUUUUGUUUUGCCCUUUUAUAUAAGUUUGAGCUUAUCUGAUGACUGUGCUUCUUCUGUGUGUCUAUUUAUAAUAAACUGUUU